AUGAAGUCAAUAAGAAUGAGCAAUGGUCAUUCUAUUCCUGUUGUCGGUCUUGGUACAUGGAAUAGUCCAUCAGAUUUAGUUGGUGAAGCUGUAAAAAAAGCUUUAGAAGUUGGUUAUCGUCAUUUAGAUUGUGCUUAUAUUUAUAAAAAUGAAAUAGAAGUUGGUAUAGCUUUAGAAGAUUCAAUGAAAUCUUUAAAAUUGAACAGAGAUGAAAUAUUUAUCACUUCUAAAUUAUGGCAUACAGGACAUCGACCGGAAAAUGUCAAGAGUUCCUGUGAAUCAUCAUUAAAAAAUUUACGAUUAAACUAUUUAGAUUUGUAUUUGAUACAUUUUCCAGUAUCUUUCAAAUCUGGUACUUCUGACUUUCCUAAAGAUGAAAAUAAUAAUCUAAUCUUUGAUAUAGUUCCAAUUGAAGAAACAUGGAAGGCAAUGGAAAACCUAGUCGACGAAGGUUUAGUUAAAUCAAUCGGUUUAUCAAAUUUCAAUAAACGACAAAUUGAUAUUAUUCUUAAACAUUGUCGUAUUAAACCAGUUAAUUUACAAAUUGAAGUUCAUGCCAAUUUUCCUAACAUAAAAUUAGUUGAAUAUGCUCAGUCAGUCGAUUUGACUGUGACUGCUUAUGCUCCGCUUGGUUCACCUGCUCGUUCACCUUUAACAGAGAAUCUAUUAACUGAAUCUUGGAUAAUUGCUAUUGCACAAAAACACAAUAGAACAUCAGCACAAAUUUUAUUACGUUACUUACUUCAACGUAAUAUCAUCGUUGUACCAAAAUCAAUUACAAAUGAUAGAAUAAUAGAAAAUUUUCAGGUAUUUGAUUUUGAACUAACAAAUGAUGAAAUGCAUCAGUUGAAUACGAAAGGAUUAAAUCAACGUAAAUUUAAAAUGCUCGGAAUGAUUGAUCAUCCUGAAUAUCCAUUUAAAGAAGAUUAUUGA